GUAAAUCGAACACUUGGUAUCAAAGGUAUCGUUGAUUUUAAAAACAGAAAAAAAUCACCGAUCUUUUUGAUGAGAAGUUCAUACCCGAAAUGGGAUAAUUAUGAAUCUAAAGUGAGUCAAUUAAGUAGAUGGAAACCGGAUCCAAGAGAAGCUGAUAUAUGCAUUGCUUCAUUGGCGAAAAAUAGGCUAAACAAACGCGUAUGUAGAUUUCUUCCAAUGUGUUACAACAUGUUGGUUAACGGAACAAACUUUGGAUAUUCUCUUACUCACAGGUUGCUUUGGCUGAUUCAAGCUCAUCGCGGACGAGGGUGCAGAAUAUUUUCUACAAGAGAAGACAAGGAACUGAUCGACAUGUUUUGCACCAAGAUAUUUCGUGAAGCGAAUUACAUAGCAGCGAAUAACUUCAAAAUACUAGAUUUGCUGUUAGAGCAAAUGACAUUGUGUUCGCUAUCUGGUUACCCCGACACUCUACGUCGUACCUGGAUAGCAAAAGCGCUCAAACAUCAGACAUCAUUGGGUUGUUUCACACUCAAAUUACCUGCACAGACUUCAAGUAAAUAUUCUUACAAAGGUAGCGAUAAGUGGGCAAUUUCCGCGCCCACAGUAAACAUGGUGGGCGGAGCUUGCGAUCGACAUCUGACUGCGGUCGCCUCAGGAGCAAUAUCUGGUGCAGUGAGAUACAUUUUGGAGCAGAAAUAUUCCAAUAAAUAAAUACACAAAUCUAGAGAAUUACAAUGAACAUUUUUCCGAAACGGACUUGUUAUUUUGUUAUGAAAAGA